UACCAAUUUAUCUCCGUGCGACCAGCUGAUCACCAAAAUCGUUAACCGCACGUGCAAUUUUGUUUUUAAUUGUUUACGUUUUAUAAGGAGUUAUAUUUAAAAUGGGAAAACACAAAAAGACGCAAAAGGUGAAGAAGCAGCGAAAUGCGCAACUAAAACGCCUGAUGAAGCCCACCGACAGUCGGAUCAAGGAACAGACGAGGAUUAAACGAAAGAAGGCUGCUGAUCCGCACGAGCUCAAGGUACAUCAGGCUACCCAGCAGAGCUCCGCUUUGUUCUUUCAGUACAACACCCAGCUGGGACCGCCCUACCACAUCGUCUUGGACACGAACUUCAUAAACUUUAGUAUCAAGAACAAGCUGGACAUUGUGCAGGGAAUGAUGGACUGUUUGUAUGCCAAGUGCAUACCCUACAUCUCUGACUGCGUGCGUGCCGAGCUGGAGAAGCUGGGCAACAAGUACAAACUGGCCCUGCGCAUCAUCUCGGAUCCCCGGUUCGAGCGCCUGCCCUGCCUGCACAAGGGCACCUAUGCCGAUGACUGCCUGGUGGAGCGGGUGCGCCAGCACAAGUGCUACAUUGUGGCCACCAAUGACAAGGACCUGAAGAACCGUAUCCGCAAGAUCCCGGGCGUACCCAUUAUGUACGUGGCGGCGCACAAGUACGCCAUUGAGCGUAUGCCGGAGGCGUACGGCGUAAAAGCGUAGGGUUGUUCUUAGAUUAUACUUAUUUUGUAGUAUACAACUGAUUUAAAAUACAUAUAUACAAAUACUUUAA